UGCCCGUAGCCGCCCGCAUCGCAUCAUCUAUCUCUCUCUCUCUCUCUCUCUCUCUCUCUCUAGCCAUACCUUGUCCCCAGCCAAUCAUACAGUGAGGCGCGUGCGAGCAGAGCUUCUAGCAGCAGCAGAGAGAAGGAACAGGAGCGAGCAGGAUGCUGGAAGGGAAGGCCACGGUGGAGGACACCGACAUGCCGGCCAAGAUGCAGCUGCAGGCCACGUCGGCGGCCUCCAGGGCCCUCGACCGCUUCGACGUCCUCGACUGCCGGAGCAUCGCGGCGCACAUCAAGAAGGAGUUCGACACGGCCCAUGGCCCGGGGUGGCAGUGCGUGGUCGGCUGCAGCUUCGGAUGCUACUUCACGCACAGCAAGGGGAGCUUCAUAUACUUCAAGCUCGAGUCGCUCAGGUUCCUCGUCUUCAAAGGCAUGUCGGAUGACCAAGAGCAGCCGCUGCCGCUGCCGCCGUGCUGAUCUCUGAUCUGCUGCUCCCCGGAUUUAACGGCCGUGUUGGCUACUCGAUGAUUACGGGGGCGGCUGCUGGCCGGUGCUGGCAUGAAGCUGAAAUGCGCCAAUGUAACUUUUGCUUGAUUCAGUUUGCACCGCAGUUCGCGACUACGGUCUGAAGCUCUCUGAAUGCGUUGGAUUCGUGGAAUUGAUUUUCAAGCAUGAUGUUCCACUUUGAUUCAGACGAAUACAGAUAAAUUGAUUCA